AUGGCCCCCAGGAAGUCUACGCAGAAAACGGAUCCUCCUCCAUGGACCCCGGUGCGAACCAGCCGUACCAAGCAACGUACUACGCCUUAUAGUUCCGGCAAGCGGGGCGCCAAAAAGGACAACGAGCCAAAGCCCAAUGAAGCAAAUCCCAAAGCUCAACUCCGUGCCCUCUAUCAGAAUCUGAAGAUGGAGAAGGAUCUCCAGGGCCUGGCUGACAUGCUCGAGUCUGCUGGAAAGAACGCCAAUGAGGUGACCGAACAGUGUAAGGCAUUUUACCAAUCUCAAUUAGACAUGGAAGAAGCACUCCCGAGCGACAUGCCAGAUCCCAAGAAGGCGACAGGCCAUCUCAUGGUGAUGAAAGACCAACUGAAGAUGGGAGUGGAGGCCUCGGCCAGCCUGAAAAACAAGAUUGAACAAUGCCUCGAAGCGACAAGCAACGCCAGCAUCACUCUGAAAGCCGAGAAGGAGGUUCAGCUCAUGAAAACCAAUGCUCAACGUGCUGAGAAGAACACCAAGGAUGUCAAUGACCGGGUCAGGCUGUUUUGUGGAAUGAAACCUGGUGGCCAGACUCGGCCCAAGAAAAUGGACUCUGACGUGGUUCCUCAACUUAAGGAGGUAAUUGGCCAAAUCAAGAAAGCGGAAAAGGCCCGUAGCAACCUGCAGAAGGUCAUGGCUGACUCUCAGCCCGAGUCCAUGGAUAAUCUGGAUAUCCCGUAUGCUGAGAUGGAGGUUGAUCGAGGUGAAAUGCUACGUUGA